CAAGUCCCGGGCCCAGGGGCUUCAAAAUCAUGCCGGGACUUUAAUUUUUGGAAGUGAAUAGAACUGGUUUUGGAAGACAAGAUGACUACAGCUGCAGAAAGAAAAUAUAUUAAUAUCAGAAAGAGAUUGGAUCAGUUGGGAUACCGCCAGACUCUGACAGUGGAGUGUCUACCGUUGGUAGAAAAACUUUUCAGUGACCUAGUUCAUACAACAGAAAGUCUUCGGCAAUCAAAAUUAUCUGCUGUGAAAGCUGAAAAAGAAAGUGCCAAUUUUGAUUUUGUUUUGGAACCUUAUAAGCUUGAAAAUGCAAGACUGAGUAGAGAAAAUAAUGAAUUAUAUCUGGAGUUAAUGAAACUGAGAGAACACUCAGAACAACACAUUAAAGAGUUGAAAACUACCUUGAAGAAGUGUUCACGUGAAACAGCUGAUCUAAAAUUUCUAAAUAACCAAUAUGUCCAUAAACUCAAACUAUUGGAGAAAGAGAGUAAAGCUAAGAAUGAAAAAAUUCAACAACUCCAGGAAAAGAAUUUACAUGCUAUAGUACAAACUCCCGGUGGCAAGAAAAGAAGUAUUGCCUUUCGGAGGCAGAGAAUGCAAAUCGAUGAGCCAGCCCCUCCCUCUGAAGUCAGUUCAUACCCAGUCCCACAGCCAGAGGACCCUUACAUCGCAGACCUCCUGCAGGUGGCUGAUAACAGGAUUCAAGAACUUCAACAAGAAGUCUGCCAGUUACAAGAGAAGUUAGCAAUGAUGGAAAACGGAGUGAGAGAUUAUAGCAAGCAGAUCGAGUUGCGAGAACGAGAGAUAGAACGGCUGUCAGUUGCGUUGGAUGGUGGUCGCUCCCCUGAUGUCCUCUCCCUGGAGACGAGAAAUAAAACCAACGAGAAGCUUAUUGCUCAUUUAAAUAUUCAGGUUGACUUUCUUCAGCAAGCUAAUAAAGACCUAGAGAAGCAUAUCCGAGAGCUUAUGGAAACCAAGGAAACUGUGACAACCGAAGUCGUUCAUUUAAGUAACAAAAAUGAAAAACUCUGCCAAGAGUUAACUGAAAUAGACCAAUUAGCACAGCAGUUGGAAAGACACAAAGAAGAAGUGCUUGAAACUGCUGAUAAAGAACUUGGGGAAGCAAAGGAAGAGAUUAAAAGGAAGCUCUGUGAAAUGCGGUCUCUGGAAGAAACGAUGGCAAAACUUCAGCUGGAAUUAAAUUUAUGCCAUAAAGAAAAAGAGAGAUUGAAUGAUGAACUCCUUAUAAAAUCAGACUUGGAAACUGUUGUUUUUCAGCUUGAACAAGAAAAGCAAAGACUUAGCAAAAAAAUGGAAAGUUUUGCAGUUACAGAAAGAGAGCUUAUUUUGGAAGUUGAAAGGAUGAGGCUGGAACAUGGAAUAAAACGUCGAGACAGGUCACCUUCUCGUUUAGAUACUUUUCUGAAAGGUAUAGAAGAAGAACGGGAUUAUUAUAAGAAAGAACUAGAAAGACUCCAACACAUAAUACAGCGAAGAUCUUGCUCUAUAAAUUAUUGCGCACGUGAAAAAUAUUCACAAUUUAAAACUCCAGAAAAGGGUGAUUACAAUUCAGAAAUUCAUCUGAUCACAAGAGAAAGAGAUGAACUUCAGCAUAUGCUUGAAAGAUUUGAAAAAUACAUGGAGGAUAUACAAGCCAAUGUUAAGUUAUUGACAGCAGAGAGAGAUAAACUGAAUGUCUUAUAUACUGAAGCUCAGGAAGAACUAUCUGCACUAAGACAGGAAUCCAGCCAUACCACAGUCUCCCGUAAUAUGGUCAGCCUUAUGGAAAAGGAAAAGGAACGUGCAUUAUCUGACUUGAAAAGAAUUAUGGCAGAAAAGGAAACUUUAAAAGAAAAGUUAAAAAAUAUCCAGGAAAUGAGUCUUCUUGGGAAAUCAGAAUUAGAGAAAACUGUUGAACAUUUGACAUGCAUGAAUCAUCAGCUCGAAAGUGAAAAAUAUGAAUUAAAGUCUAAAGUGUUACUAAUGAAAGAAACAAUAGAGUCAUUAGAGAACAAAUCCAAACUCCAAGCUCAACAACUUAGCCACGUGGCUGGUGACUCAUCUCAUCAGAAAACCGAGGUGAACUCCCUUAGGGCGGUAAAUGAGCAGCUGCAGCGGUCACUCGAUGACUAUCAGCACCGGCUUUCCAUGAAGAGAAGUGAACUGGAGUCAGCCCAGGCGCAGAUCACAGCGCUGGAGGAAAACAUAGAUAAACUGAACCUUAAGAUAACUUCCCAAGAUGAGGAGGCCCAUAUAAUGAAAAAGACCAUCAGCGUUAUUGAUAAAGAAAAAGACUUUCUUCAGGAGACAGUAGAUGAAAAGACAGAAAAGAUUGCAAGCCUGCAAGAUAAUCUGGCUAAUAAAGAAAAAGCUAUUGCUCAGAUAAAGAUAACAGUCUCAGAGUAUGAAUCAUCUAUGAACAAGCUAAAGGACACACUGACCAGUCGAGACCGCGAGAUCAGCAGCCUCCGGCGCCAGCUGGAUGUGGCUCACAAAGAGCUCGAUGAGGUGGGGCGGUCCAGGGAGAUGUCGUUCAAGGAGAACAGACGGCUACAAGAUGACCUGGCUACAAUGGCGAGAGAAAACCAGGAAAUCUCAUUGGAAUUGGAAGCAGCAGUACAAGAAAAAGAAGAAAUGAAGAGUAGGGUUCACAGUUACAUAACCGAGGUGUCGCGCUGGGAGAGCUUAAUGGCUGCUAAGGAACAAGAAAAUCAGGAUUUGUUAGAUCGAUUUCAGAUGCUUCAUAACCGUGCUGAAGACUGGGAGGUCAAAGCCCAUCAAGCCGAGGGAGAAAGCAGCUCAGUUCGCCUGGAACUCCUUUCUAUUGACACAGAGAGGAGGCACCUCCGAGAGAGAGUGGAGCUGCUGGAAAAGGAAAUCCAAGAGCACAUAAGUGCACAUCAUGCAUACGAGUCCCAAAUCUCGUCAAUGGCAAAAACCAUGUCUAGGUUAGAAGAGGAGGCCCGACGUCAGGAGGAUGAGAAAGCAGCGAUAUUAAGUGAUCUGUCUUCUCUCAGAGAACUUUGCAUUAAGCUUGAUUCAAGCAAAGAUAUCAUGACCCAACAAUUGAAUUCCAAAAACCUUGAGUUGGAGAGGGCUGUGGCGGAAUUAGAAAAUGUAAAAGCGGAAUCAGACCUAUUAAAAAAACAGCUGUCAAAUGAAAGACAUACUAUUAAAAACCUUGAAUCAUUGUUGGCUACCAAUAGAGAUAAAGAAUUUCAUUCUCAUUUAACCUCCCACGAGAAGGAUACAGAAAUUCAGCUCCUUAAAGAGAAGUUAGCCCUUUCUGAAAGCAAAUUAACUAGUCAAAGCCGUGAAAACACCAUGCUUCGAAAUAAAGUGGCACAAUUCCAAACAGAUUACGAUGCUCUGAAAAGGCAAAUUUCAACUGAAAGAUAUGAACGAGAACGAGCGAUCCAAGAAAUGCGUCGACAUGGUCUUCCCACACCACCCCUUAGUUCUACUCUGAAGUCUCCUUCAAGUUCUCCCGAACAUAUAGAUGUGUAAUUAUCAGAAAACCCUCCCUGAGCUCGUGCGGAUUUGUAAAAGAGCAGAGCGGUGUGGAAUACAUGAAGCAGCUGCUGAAAAUCAUGAACGUUGACGCAGAUUCUACCUCUGUCAGCUUUUCUUUAAAUCAGUGAAUAUUUAUUUGUAAAAGUUUGGUUUGAAAGAGCUAUAUUUAUGUAUAUGUUUUAGUAUAUAUGACAAAACAAAAUAUGUAUUAAUAGUGUUUUUCUGAUACUAUAUCUGUAUUUUUAUUAUUCCUGACUUGGAUGACUCCUCCAAGUGUGUUUAUCUUGUGCAUUAAUAUAAUGUAUGGUUCACAUUAUGCCGUAAUAAUAUAUUUCUAAUGAGCUGGUAUGUAAAUACUCUUACAUCACUUGAUUCGGAAGCCUUCUUAGUUUUCAUGCCUGUGUAUAACUCAUAUCUCAGCAUAUUCACACUUCUCACCUUUAUGCUGUGCUAUUAUGCUUAACUUUUUGUUCCUCAAUCUAAAAUGAAUUACAUUCGUCUGUCAUCAAGGGGGAUGUAUUCAGGUCUAGUUAAUGUAAUAGCAGAGGUCAUGAUAAAGAAUGAAUACUGUGUACAAGUUCUUAUUGCCAGCUGAAGAGCUAGCUGGGGGAGACCCAUGUAUCUCUUUAUACAUUAGAUUAUUCUGCUUCUCCCGUGGACUGUUCACAUACUACAAAUCCUACCACAAUCAAACUAAAAGCUAUAUUCAGAGCUUUACUUAUAAAACAAUAGAACAGAAAUUUGGGUCAUUUUUUUUAAUAAAUGAAAUUCUUCACUGUAUUAGUCUAAUCAGAGUAUAUGAAAUAAAUAUAGUAAAAUAAUUUUGUUAAAAUUUCAAUAUACAUUCAAUAAUAAUAUUUUGCAUCUGAACCUAUAUGUUGUAAUUUAACAGUCUUCCAGAAUAGCAUGUAAAUUGAAAACAGCUUUUUACAAUUAAUUUUCAGAGUUGUAAUUUUAAAGAGUUUAGAUGUAUACAUCUAUUAAUAAAAGAGCAGAAGUACAAAAUAGAAUGUCAGAUACAAAUAUUAAUCGUGUUUGAACCAUACACAUUUAGAGAAAAUCCUAUUCUUAGUAGAUAUCAUUAUGAUUGAAAAAGAACUUAAAAAUCUAACAGAGAAAAGUGAAAAACCAAUUGCUUACAUUUGUUUCCUCGUGUGUGUGUGUGUGUGUGUGUGUGUGUGUGUGUGCGCGCGCGAGCGCUUAGAGGUGGACAGUGCUCUUCUCUGAAACUGUGUGCCUUCUGUGUCCAGGUUCUGCCUUGGGGUGGGACGGCUUUACUUUUCCAACAUCUUCGCGGUUUUUAUCUAUCUGUCAUCUACUUUGCGUGACUUUGUGUGACUUUGUGUAUUGUAGCAAAAAUACAAGAGAAUUGAAACUAUUUGCAAUGUCAUACGGAAAAAUCUUUUAAUAAACAUAUGUAAAUGAAAUAAAAAAUGUUUGUCCCCACCUUCCCCCCUCAAAGCAACAGCAAGACCUAUUUUGUUAGAUAUUAUAUUUUUAAUGUUUUCUAUAAUUAAAAAAUGUAUACCUUGCAGUAAUUGUUAUUUUCAUAACCUUUAUACUACACUUUUUAAAAACUAAUUUUUUCUUAAGAUACUGAAUGUCUUGACCUUUUAUACAUGUUUUCCAUUUUGUUUUAAAUAAUUUAAAAUUAUGGAGCUUGACAAAGAUUUUCCAAUAAACUUUCCAGA